UAGUCCCAGAAGUGCGUCACAAGUCAUAACCGCUCACUCGCACGAGAAUUUCCCAUUACAAAACGAGCGUGUGUGAUUUAAACUCCGUUUAGAGUGUUUAGACUGAGACUGAAGCAGAUCGAGGGUGUACCCUAAUCCACACACACCACCAGACAUGGCAGAAGAGAGUGAGACGAAGAAGACGAAGGAGCUAGAGGAUACUAAUGAUGUCGAGUCCCAGAUUCAAACCGCUAUGAGCUCUCGCGUCCCUUACUUCAAGGAACAAUCCGAUUCAUUGACAUUUGAGGGUGUUCGUCGAGUGCUCGAGAAGGAUUUGGGGUUGGCGGAAUUUGCUUUGGAUGUGCAUAAGAGAUUUAUCAAACAAUGUUUGAUCAAGUGCUUGGAAGGGGUCGGUGAGGAAGAUGGCCCAAAGAUGCCAGGGGAGGAGGCAGCGGAAAAAGGUGCAAGUACACGUGAGUCAGUAAGACCAAAAGAAGAAGGCCAGUCAGAAGAUGUAAAGGAUCUUUGCCCUGAAGAUGAGGAGAAAAUGGAAGACUCACCAGUAUUAGGCCUUCUUAAAGAACAAAAGGGAGUUAAAGUUGAAACCUUCGAACAAGAAUACAAUGGAAAAAAAAUAGUUCUGAGUGAGGCCCAAAUUAAGAAAGCUGUUAGGAAAAGAUCUUCAUAUAUCAAGUCUAAUGCAGAGGAAAUUACUAUGGCUGGUCUACGGAGACUAUUGGAGGCAGAUCUUAAACUUGAGCCAUAUACUCUUGAUCCCUUUAAGAAGUUUAUAAGUCAACAGCUUGAUGAGGUAUUAGCUUCUUCUGAAGUUCUUAAACCUGCGAGCAAUGCAAAGAAAAUUGUUAAGAAGAAACCUGCUACCAAAGUAACUAAAAAGGCCAGCAGUGAAGAGAACUCUGAUACUUCUGACAAGGUGAGUGACGAGGAAGAGAAUGAGGAAGAUGAAGUCAAACCUAGAAAAAAGAUUGUUCCAAAAGGCAAGACACAGACUUCUCUUGGACCCAAAAAGCGUAAAGGAGAGGAGACCAAUCUAUCCAGUAAGAAAAAGCUGAAGACUGCUAAAGCAGCCUCAGAAGACAAUAGUGAUACAGAAGAUAAUGAAAAAAACUCUGAAGAUGAUGAGCCCCAUUCAUCGCCUGAGAAACUUACCAAGAAGAAAGAGGUUCCAACUCCUGUGUAUAGUAAACGUGUGGAGCGCUUAAAAUCUGUUAUUAAAGAAUGUGGAAUGAGUGUUCCUCCAGUUAUUUAUAAAAAGGUCAAGCAGGUGCCUGAAAACAAACGGGAAGGGCAACUAAUUAAAGAGUUGGAGGAAAUACUGUCUAGAGAGGGGUUAUCUUCAAAUCCAUCGGAAAAGGAAAUCAAGGAAGUGAGAAGGAAGAAAGCAAGAGCCAAAGAGCUUGAGGGUAUUGAUAUGAGUAAUAUUGUUUCAAGUUCACGCCGAAGGUCAACAACUAGUUAUGCAGCUCCUCCACCACCAAAGCCCAAGAUUCCAGUUAAAGCUAGUGGCGAUGAUAAUGAGGGUAGUGGUAAGGAUAACGAUGAUGAAGGAAAUGAUAAUGAAGUUGAUGAAGAAGAUGAAGAAGAGGAGGAUAGUAAUGAUGAUGAUGAUGGGAGUGAGAGUGAAGAAUUUAACGAUGAUGAAGAGGACAGUGAUUGAACUCAGCAGAUUCUUUGGUCAUUAAAAGGUGAAUUUUUCCAAAAUUGAUUAGGAGGUGAUGGUGUAUAAUGUUAUGUAUUGUAGUGUGCUUUGCUUUUGUACCUUUUCUUCUGAUUUUGCUUUUCCCCUGUGGAAAUGGCCAGUACUUGUUGUUAGUUACAGAAAUAUUAACGUAGUUUCCUUGCUGAUCCAUCUAUAGGAACUUGGACACUUACACUCUGGGUUUAAAUUUAGUAUUUAUAUAUUAACUUAGUUUCUUC